AUGUCUGCAGUUACGGGCACGUUCCGGAUCGUGUCGGAGGAGGAGCAGGCGCUGCGCUCCAAGCUGGAGCGCCUCACCACCAAGGACCACGGCCCCGUCUUUGGGAGGUGCGAGAAGAUCCCCCCACACACCCUGCAGAAGGCAAAGGAUGAGCUGAACGAGACGGAGGAGAAGCGGGAGGUGGCGGUGAAGGCGCUGCGGGAGCUGGUGCAGGAGCGGGCGGGCGGCGAGGACGUUUGCCAGAAGGUGGCUGAGAAGGUGCAGGAGAGGGACGACUCCUUCUUGCUCCGCUUCAUCCGUGCUCGCAAGUUCGAUGUCCACAGAGCCUAUGACCUGCUGAAAGGCUACGUGAACUUCCGCCAGCAGUACCCCGAGCUGUUUGACAACCUGAGCCCCGAGGCCGUGCGCAGCACCAUCGAGGCCGGCUACCCCGGCAUCCUGGCCAGCAGGGACAAGUACGGCCGGGUGGUGAUGCUCUUCAACAUCGAGAACUGGGAUUACGAGGAGAUCACCUUCGAUGAGAUCCUUCGUGCCUAUUGUAUUAUCUUGGAGAAGCUACUGGAGAACGAAGAGACCCAGAUCAAUGGGUUCUGCAUCAUUGAGAACUUCAAGGGCUUCACCAUGCAGCAGGCAUCAGGGAUCAAACCCUCAGAGCUCAAGAAGAUGGUGGACAUGCUGCAGGACUCCUUCCCAGCGCGGUUCAAGGCCGUCCACUUCAUCCACCAGCCUUGGUACUUCACCACCACCUACAACGUGGUCAAACCGUUCCUGAAGAGCAAACUGCUGGAGAGGGUCUUUGUGCACGGUGAGGAGCUGGAAUCCUUCUACCAGGAGAUCGACGCUGACAUCUUGCCAGCAGACUUUGGUGGCAACCUGCCCAAGUACGAUGGCAAAGCAACUGCAGAGAAGCUCUUUGGGCCUCGCAUCGAAUCUGAGGACACGGCUCUCUAAAGCAGGAGCCUGCUGCCCUCCCCUGUACCACAGCACCAGAGGUGGCCCUCUAACCCCAGCCACCUCCCUCCUGUAGCAUCGGUCGAGUGACUGCUCGUGCUGAAGCACCCUGGGUGCGUUGCUCCAUGCCUGUCCCUCCUGUCCCCUCUCCAGACAGAGGGCU